UGCGUAGUAUUACUUGAGUUCUGAUUGGGCAGUAGUACCAUUGCCAUUUCUCACACAUACCAUCUCUUUCUCUCAUCAUCAAUCAUCAAUCAUCUAAAAGAAAAAAGAAAGCCCUAUAGUUCAUUUUUGUAAGCUUUUCUCAGUUACUCUCCAUUCCCAUUUCAACAGCUUCCCCAUCUCUAUUUCUCUAUGGAUUCUGACAUAAUGAACAUGAUGCAACAAAUGGAGAAGCUUCCAGAGUUCUGUAACACAAACCCCUUUUUCAUCGACCACAACAACAACAACAACACUUAUCCUUUUCUGUCCAACUCAAACCAUAACCAUCCUGACUCAAUGACCUAUGAACCCGGUUUCCGGUACGGUUCCGGAUUACUCGCCAACCCUUCUUCUCUCUCUCCCACCACAGCUUACUCUUCCGUUUUGCAAGACAAAAGAAACAAUAGCACGAACAUGGCAGCUAUGCGAGAGAUGAUCUUUCGUAUCGCCGUGAUGCAACCGAUACAUAUCGAUCCUGAGUCAGUAAAGCCACCUAAGAGGAGGAACGUGAGGAUCUCUAAAGAUCCACAGAGUGUGGCUGCUAGGCACCGAAGGGAGAGGAUAAGCGAGAGGAUUCGGAUUUUGCAACGGCUUGUUCCUGGUGGAACCAAGAUGGAUACAGCUUCCAUGCUCGACGAAGCUAUUCAUUACGUGAAGUUUCUAAAGAAACAAGUGCAGUCCCUGGAGGAGCAAGCGGUGGUUAACAGCGGGGGAGGAGGUAGGGUUCUGGUUAAUAGAGAUCGAGAGCAAAGAGAUAUUUUGGUAAACUGA